AUGUUGUCGCCGCUACCUCGUACGCCGGGUAUUCGCCGCUCUUCUUUCUCGUAUGACGCCGAGAUUUCACUUGAAAACCAACGUGAAGGAAGCAUUCAAAGUGCAGUGAAGGAGGCACGUGAAGAGACCAAAGCUUGCUGGUUAUUUGCACUCGUUGGUGUCGGUUAUCUCUUUCCUUUCUCAGCACUCACACAGCCCGUGGACUAUUGGAAAAUGCUCUUUCCCGACUUCAAUAUUGAAUUUGCUCUUACUUCUACGUUCAUGUACACAAACCUGCUCUUUCUCGCUGUCAUUGUCGUCUUUUGUGGUCACCCUUUGUACAAAAGUCGUAUCGUUGGUGGCUUUCUGGGGCAAUUACUUGUAUUGGUCUUUGUCCCCACGUCCUACUUCUUGUUUUCAUCCGAGAACGCCAAUGCAAUUGCAGUCGUAAGUGGUACAGCUAUGGCAGCAAUUGCCACUGCUUUCAUUGACAGUUCUACCAUUGCACUCGUGUCACAUUAUCCUCGAAGUGUGCAAGAAAGUUUCCAAUUGGGUGUAGGGCUCAGCACUCUCAUUGGAAGUUUGUACCGGGACUUGACCAAGCUCGUCUUCCCUGCUGAUCGAUUGUUGACCUCGUCACUCAUCUACUUUUACACUGGUGCACUUACAAUCAUUGUCUGCAUCGGUGCAUUCUACAGAGUCAUGCAACUCGAGAUCACCAACAAGUACUUGCUGCGGAAAGCUGAUAGCAGUGUGGAGCUCAUGGAGCGUUCGCUGCUGCUAGAGGAGAAACAGCAAUCGGGUAGUGACCCGCUUAGUAUUCCUGAUCCCGCGCCGACCAGAUGGACCGUGCUAAAAAAGGUAUGGCACUUGGAAGCACUGAUUCUGGUAGUUUUCCUCGCUAGUCUGUCAGUGUGGCCACCACUUGUCACGGAGAUCAAGACGUACAACUUUCCGUCACUUCAGGAAAGUGGCUGGUGGUCGUUGAUCCUGCUCACACUCUUCUCGAUCAGCGACUGCGUCGGACGGUUUAUCGUAAACCACCGCUUCGGUCUUACGUCCAGCAACAUAUGGAUUCCAAUCAUAGCGCGUUUCAUCUUCGUCCCGGUCAUUAUCGGCAUUGUCAAAGAAUGGUGGCUUCAGAGCGACAUUUGGUCUGUCCUCAGUGUGCUGGGACUUGGAUUCGGGAAUGGCUAUUUGGGCACGUUGACUAUCAUCUUCGUGAGUGAAAGUGUUCACACCGACGAACAGCACCUUAUUGGCCCCUUCACAAGUUUCUUUCUAAAUUCUGGUCUCGUAUUGGGAUCGACGGUGGGUCUGAUCUUGGAAAAAGUUGUGCUAGGAUAA